AUGAAGAACAUUACUGAAAUAUCAGGCAUUUCAUCACAUUUGAAUCAACAAGCGAAUCAAAAACUUCAAUUCCUGCAGGACUCCUAUCUGACUGCAUCACAUCGCAUUAGUAGGAAUCUUUUACCAAACCCCAACCAAGAAUCCUUUCAAUUGAAGGGUCAAAAGUUCAAAAUUUUAAUAUCAAUACGAUUGCGAGGAGGUUGUCGUCGUCGUCGUCUUCAUAAGAUUCAAGUACCAACAAUAAUAAUCAUAAUAGAAGAAGAGGAAGAAGAGGUUGAAGAGAAGAAAGAGAAGAAAGAACACCGCUUAUCACAAAUCGCGGCCAAUAAUCUGGCCGCAAAGUCCCAACGGCCAACCGCCAAUCGAGCCAAUGCCCCUCCCUCUGCGAUUGGAAACGCGAGAAUUCCAUCACCAAGUCAUCAACCUCCAUAUCCAUCACCAGUUCCCCGUUCAUCCAAUCCCGACCAACCACAAGUUCGAAUAAGUAGUCCAACGAGGUGGAGUUGGAGGAACGCUUUACAAGGUGCUGCAAUCCCUGAUACGACCGAAUCAUUCCCAAAUCCUUUUAGGCCUCGUGCUGGCUCGAGAAGUAUCACGAGAGGGGGACCCGGAAGACCAAGUAGUUCGAGAUUGUGGAAUCCGACAAACUCAACGCCAAGAGCAUAUCCGCAGACUCCAGAAAGACAUCAAUCACCACCGGAAGGACGAGAGGUGAUUGCGAUCCCACUCCAACAUCCUGAUAUAUCCAAGCUCCGAGAGGGAGCUGGUGCUGGAGGCGAUUAUCCAUUAUUAACCUUACCGGAACAACGACAGCAAAGACAUUCCGCAUCUACGAGGGCAAGUUUACAGGUUGAUAGAAGUGGGAGUUCAUUGAGUUCGCAUCGGAUUUCUUUGCCAAGGACUGUAAGCAUUGACCUUGCGCGAAGUCGAAAAAGCGGUGAUUCUCCUCUUACGCCUACCGCCGGACCAAAACUCGAUAAAGGGAAAGGGAAAGCAGUAGAGGAAGAGCCUGUCACAAGUGUUGCUACGACAUUCGAAAAGCUUACAGGAAGUGCUCCUGAAGGAAGACAACUUACCCCCACACCUGUUUCUGGCAUCUCUUUCGAUUUCAGUAAAGCAGAUAUGUCUACGGACCUCGAGCGCGGUCCAAAUACCCUCAAUCCAUAUAAUAUAUCCGGCACAUCCUCCAUACCCCAUGCAAACGACUCGAAUACAUCAUUACCCGGCGGUAUCGGUCCCGCAUUAUCAUCUAAUGGUACAUCGAUAGUAGGGGAAGAACCCGGCGAGGGUGAUGAUGUUGAAGAAUGGGGUCCUCAACAUCCAUGCUUUCCACAUAUGAAUGUGCACGUUCCACUCUCAUCACCUUUAUAUACUACAACCCGUAUAAUACGCAUUCGUCGCGAUUGGAUGGUGGAAGGAGAUCUCGCGCCUACUUUUUCAAAUUUAUAUCCUGAAAUUCUGGAUCCGGCUGGUGUUACCGAACAGGAUUUUAGGGGUUUGAUAGAGAGGAUUAAUGGUGAGUUGAUACCGGCCUUCAAUCCUUGGGUACCGAGAAAUAUUUUCGAUGGAGUGAUGGGAUUGGUGACGGGUUGGAUAUGGGAUGACUUGGGAUGGACGGGUGUGAAAUCGCGGUUAAAUCGGGUAGAGAUGUGGUUAGAGGAAUGGAAUCGGGAUAUGGAGUCCAGAGCCAAGGAACCAGGAACGGCUCCGAGAAUCGUGAGCUUGAGGAGAACGGGUUACAUGAACCUCGACAUCCAAGUUCCCGACCCGGAAAUCUCUUAUCCAGCUACAAUACCCGAAUCGGAUCGUUUAAAUUCCGGUCUAUCACAAAAUACACAUCUCACCGAACCUCCGCCAGACUCAGAAGUGCUAGCUACAAUACCGAGUAGGAGUCUGAGGAGUAGUCAUGGGGAAAGUAUUUCUUAG